CCGCCCCCGCCGCGCAUGCCGCUCCCCGACGGGGCGCGCAGCCCGGGAGACUCUUCCAGGGGGUCGCGGCCUGGGGCGCGCGGCAGGGGCCACACCAACCGGACCUUCGAGUUCGAUGACGGCCGAUGCGGCCCCAGGCAGCCUGGCGGCAGGGACAGCGGCGGUGGGGACGGUGCGCACCCGGACACUGCCAGCCUCAAGAUGAGUGACCUGGACUCGGAGGUGCUGCCCUUGCCGCCACGGUACCGCUUCCGGGAUCUGCUGCUGGGAGAUCAGUCCUUCCAGAACGACGACAGGGUCCAGGUGGAGUUCUACGUCAAUGAGAACACCUUCAAAGAGCGACUCAAGCUGUUCUUCAUCAAAAACCAGAGAUCCAGCCUGAGGAUCCGGCUGUUCAACUUCUCCCUGAAGCUGCUCACCUGCUUGCUGUAUAUCGUCCGCGUGCUGCUGGAUGACCCAGCGCUGGGGAUUGGAUGCUCCCAUCUCCGACUCUGGGAGGCCCUGAGCGUUCUACGCUGGGGCUGCCCAAAGCAGAAUUACACCUUCAAUGGCUCAUCCUCCGAGAUCAACUGGGCGCCCAUCCUUUGGGUGGAAAGAAAGAUGACUCUGUGGGCGAUUCAGGUCAUCGUGGCCAUAAUAAGCUUCCUGGAGACCAUGCUGCUCAUUUACCUCAGCUACAAAGGGAACAUCUGGGAGCAGAUCUUCCGUGUCUCUUUUAUCCUGGAGAUGAUCAACACGCUGCCCUUCAUUGUCACGAUAUUCUGGGCGCCCCUGAGGAACCUGUUCAUCCCUGUGUUUCUGAACUGCUGGCUGGCCAAGCAUGCCCUGGAAAACAUGAUUAACGACUUCCACCGCGCCAUCCUGCGCACGCAGUCGGCCAUGUUCAACCAGGUCCUCAUCCUGUUCUGCACGCUGCUCUGCCUGGUGUUCACGGGGACCUGUGGCAUCCAGCACCUGGAGCGAGCAGGUGAGAACCUGUCCCUCCUCACGGCCUUCUACUUUUGCAUCGUUACCUUCUCCACUGUGGGCUACGGUGACGUGACGCCCAAGAUCUGGCCAUCCCAGCUGCUGGUGGUCAUCAUGAUCUGCGUGGCCCUUGUGGUGCUUCCGCUGCAGUUUGAGGAGCUGGUCUACCUGUGGAUGGAGCGCCAGAAGUCAGGAGGGAACUACAGCCGCCACCGGGCCCAGACGGAGAAGCACGUGAUCUUGUGUGUCAGCUCUCUCAAGAUCGACCUACUCAUGGACUUCCUGAAUGAGUUCUAUGCUCACCCGCGGCUCCAGGACUACUAUGUGGUCAUCCUGUGUCCCACCGAGAUGGACAUCCAGGUCCGCAGGGUCCUGCAGAUCCCCCUGUGGUCCCAGCGGGUCAUCUACCUCCAGGGCUCUGCGCUCAAGGACCAGGACCUCAUGCGAGCCAAGAUGGACAAUGGGGAGGCCUGCUUUAUCCUCAGCAGCCGCAAUGAGGUGGAUCGCACAGCGGCGGACCACCAGACCAUCCUGCGUGCCUGGGCUGUGAAGGACUUUGCGCCCAACUGCCCUCUCUACGUCCAGAUUCUCAAGCCCGAGAACAAGUUCCACGUCAAGUUUGCAGACCACGUGGUGUGUGAGGAGGAGUGCAAGUACGCCAUGCUGGCUCUCAACUGCAUCUGUCCUGCCACGUCCACGCUCAUCACACUGCUGGUGCACACAUCCCGCGGCCAGGAAGGCCAAGAGUCCCCAGAGCAGUGGCAGCGCAUGUACGGACGCUGCUCAGGCAAUGAAGUGUACCACGUGCGCAUGGGUGACAGCAAGUUCUUCCGCGAGUACGAGGGCAAGAGCUUCACCUACGCCGCCUUCCAUGCGCACAAGAAGUACGGCGUGUGCCUCAUCGGGCUGAAGCGGGAGGACAACAAGAGCAUCCUGCUGAACCCUGGGCCCCGGCACAUCCUGGCCGCCUCGGACACCUGCUUCUAUAUCAACAUCACCAAGGAGGAGAACUCAGCCUUCAUCUUCAAGCAGGAGGAGAAGCAGAAGAGGAAGGGCCUCUCCGGGCAGGGCCUAUACGACGGCUCCUCCCGCCUGCCUAUGCACAGCAUCGUCGCCUCCAUGGGGACAGUGGCCAUGGACCUCCAGAACACGGAGUGCCGGCCAGCACAGGGCGGCGGGGGCGGUGGAGGCGGCAAGCUAACGCUGCCCACAGAGAACGGCUCAGGCAGCCGGCGGCCCAGCAUUGCGCCUGUUCUGGAGCUGGCCGAUAGCUCAGCCCUGCUGCCCUGCGACCUGCUGAGUGACCAGUCAGAGGAUGAGAUGACGCCAUCGGAUGAUGAGGGGCUGUCUGUGGUGGAGUACGUGAAGGGCUACCCCCCCAACUCGCCCUACAUCGGCAGCUCCCCUACCCUAUGCCACCUGCUGCCUGUGAAGGCGCCCUUCUGCUGCCUGCGGCUGGACAAGGGCUGCAAGCACAACAGCUACGAGGACGCCAAGGCCUAUGGCUUCAAGAACAAGCUGAUCAUCGUCUCUGCGGAGACGGCGGGCAACGGGCUGUACAACUUCAUCGUCCCGCUGCGCGCCUACUAUAGAUCCCGCAAGGAGCUCAACCCCAUCGUGCUGCUGCUGGACAACAAGCCUGACCACCACUUCCUGGAGGCCAUCUGCUGCUUCCCCAUGGUCUACUACAUGGAGGGCUCCGUGGACAACCUGGACAGCCUGCUGCAGUGUGGCAUCAUCUACGCGGACAACCUGGUGGUGGUAGACAAGGAGAGCACCAUGAGCGCAGAGGAGGACUACAUGGCUGACGCCAAGACCAUUGUCAAUGUGCAGACCAUGUUCCGGCUGUUCCCCAGCUUAAGCAUCACCACGGAGCUCACCCACCCUUCCAACAUGCGCUUCAUGCAGUUCCGAGCCAAGGACAGCUACUCUCUGGCUCUUUCCAAGCUGGAAAAGAGGGAACGAGAGAAUGGCUCCAACCUGGCUUUCAUGUUCCGCCUGCCAUUCGCUGCAGGCCGCGUCUUCAGCAUCAGCAUGUUGGACACGCUGCUUUACCAGUCCUUUGUGAAGGACUACAUGAUCUCCAUCACCAGGCUGCUGCUGGGCCUCGACACCACGCCAGGCUCCGGCUACCUCUGCGCUAUGAAAGUCACUGAGGAAGAUCUGUGGAUCCGCACGUACGGCCGCCUCUUCCAGAAGCUGUGCUCCUCCAGCGCCGAGAUCCCCAUCGGCAUCUAUAGGACCGAGUGCCACGUCUUCUCCACGUCAGAGCCCCAUGACCUCAGAGCCCAGUCCCAGAUCUCCGUGAGCGUGGAGGACUGCCAGGACACGCAGGAAGUGACCGGGCCCUGGGGCGCACGAGCGGGUGCUGGUGGCAGCACCCACAGCCGGCACGGGGUCGGUGCAGACCCUGCUGAGCACCCACUGCUGCGGCGCAAGAGCCUGCACUGGGCUCGGAAGCUGAGCCGCAAGGGCCCCAAGGCCGCGGGGAAGGCGGCAGCGGCCGAGUGGGCCAGCCAGCAGCGGCUCAGCCUGUGCCGACGCUCCGAGCGGCAGGAGCUCUCCGAGCUGGUCAAGAACCGCAUGAAGCACCUGGGGCUGCCCACCACUGGCUACGAGGAUGUAGCAAAUUUAACAGCCAGUGAUGUCAUGAAUCGGGUAAACCUGGGAUAUUUGCAAGAUGAGAUGAACGACCACCAGAACACACUCUCCUACGUUCUCAUCAACCCCCCACCCGACACGAGGCUGGAGCCCAACGACAUCGUGGCUCUCAUGCUCCCCCCGCAGGUACCUCAUUCGCUCUGACCCCCUGGCCCACGUGGCCAGCAGCGCCGAGAGCCGCAAGAGCAGCUGCAGCCACAGGCUGGCCUCCUGCAACCCCGAGACCCGCGACGAGACGCAGCUCUGAGACAGCCCCGGGAGGAGUCCUAUCCCCACGUCGGCAUGCAUCACACUGCAUGGAGGGCAGGGUCCCUGCCGCGGCCACGGUGGCCUCACCCAUGGGGCUGAGGGAGGAGUGAGCCCCCAGCACCCAGAGAGGCCGGCGGGGUGGCCUUUUUAACCUGUUUUUACGGACCUUGCCACCUGCAUCCCCACACGUCGGACCACAACUCGUGACCAGGUCUGGCUGCGGCGGAGGGAGGGGUGCCCACCACGGCUGCGCUGCAGGGGGAUGCUGGGUGCGUGGGGAGGGGAGGGGCCGAGCCCCCGGCAGCCCCACACGCUCCCACACGGCCCUGCAUGCUCACCGGCUCACGUGGAGGCCGUGCUCUACGGCCACAUGUGGACACCCGUGGACCUGCUCCAGCCCGGACAGGCCCCAGCUCCCUGCGGUGGGCAGGAGACGGCAGCCGGGAGCACAACGGACAUUGGAAGCCAGGGAGGGUCUCCUGGCUCGGCCAGGGUACCCCUACCCGGGGCUGGGCUGCUCGAGGGCCCCCCUGACCUACAGGGGCUCCGGCGACGAAGGACUCUGUGGCUCAGAACAAGAAGACGUCCCCCUGCUGCGGCCUCAUGUGAACUGCUGCAGCCCCGCAGGCGUCAGGCCCGGGGUGGGGGGGCACGUGUCCACGGCAGCUGGAUGCCCGCGCGCACCCGACCGGAAGCAUAAUGCCCACUGGGUUGCUGGCCCAGGUUCCUGUCUGCGGAGGAAGGACGCAGCACCCGUCACCUGUGACCUGCCCCUGGGCUUCCCUUCGACUGUGGCAGGUGUUGCACGGUCAAUGCUGGAACCUUCUAUUAAAUGGAUGCUGUCUGCAGA